UUCACUGCAGCUGCCCGCCCGACUCAGUGUCGCCGCUCACCCUACCUGAGUCGGAACGCUCUGGGGCGGGGGUGCGGUCGUGCAAUAGGAAGCGGAGCGCCUUGCAAUCUUCUCCUGGGACACCCGCUAACUCUACCGGUCACCAAGACUGGUGUAUUCCUAGCUGACCUCUCGGGUUUCCGUUUUUGGUGCUCGAAGUCCCCUACCCGCAGUAGCCAUGCCUCUCAGCCGCAGUCUCUCUAUGUCCUCGCUUCCAGGAUUGGAAGACUGGGAGGAUGAAUUCGACCCGGAGAACACAGUGCUUUUCGAGGUGGCCUGGGAGGUGGCCAACAAGGUGGGUGGCAUCUACACUGUGCUGCAGACGAAGGCGAAGGUGACAGGGGAUGAAUGGGGUGACAACUACUAUCUGGUGGGACCAUACACGGAGCAGGGUGUGAGGACGCAGGUAGAGCUCCUGGAGCCCCCAACUCCGGAACUGAAGAGGACUCUGGAUUCCAUGAACAGCAAGGGCUGUAAGGUGUAUUUUGGGCGUUGGCUGAUCGAGGGGGGACCCCUAGUGGUGCUCCUGGAUGUGGGGGCCUCAGCCUGGGCCCUGGAGCGCUGGAAGGGUGAGCUUUGGGACACCUGCAACAUCGGGGUACCCUGGUACGACCGCGAGGCCAACGACGCUGUCCUGUUCGGCUUCCUCACCACCUGGUUCCUGGGUGAGUUCCUGGCCCAGAAUGAAGAGAAGCCCUAUGUGGUUGCCCACUUCCACGAAUGGUUGGCAGGCGUUGGUCUGUGUCUGUGCCGUGCCCGGCGCCUGCCGGUGGCAACCAUCUUUACCACUCAUGCCACGCUGUUGGGACGCUACCUGUGUGCCGGUGCCGUGGACUUCUACAACAACCUGGAGAAUUUCAAUGUAGACAAAGAAGCCGGCGAGAGGCAGAUCUAUCACCGGUACUGCAUGGAGCGGGCAGCAGCCCACUGUGCCCAUGUCUUCACCACGGUGUCCCAGAUCACCGCGAUUGAGGCUCAACACCUCCUCAAGAGGAAACCAGAUAUCGUGACCCCCAAUGGGCUGAAUGUGAAGAAGUUCUCUGCUAUGCACGAAUUCCAGAACCUUCAUGCUCAGAGCAAAGCACGGAUCCAGGAGUUUGUGCGCGGCCAUUUUUAUGGGCACCUGGACUUCAACCUAGACAAGACUUUGUAUUUCUUCAUCGCGGGCCGCUAUGAGUUUUCCAACAAGGGAGCUGAUGUGUUCCUGGAGGCGCUGGCUCGGCUCAACUACCUGCUCAGAGUGAAUGGCAGUGAGCAGACAGUUGUCGCGUUCUUCAUCAUGCCGGCCCGGACCAACAAUUUCAACGUGGAAACCCUGAAGGGCCAAGCUGUGCGCAAACAGCUUUGGGACACAGCCAAUACAGUCAAGGAGAAAUUUGGGAGGAAGCUCUACGAAUCCCUUCUAGUGGGAAGCCUCCCGGACAUGAACAAGAUGCUGGACAAGGAGGACUUCACUAUGAUGAAGAGAGCCAUCUUUGCCACCCAGCGGCAGUCUUUCCCACCGGUGUGUACGCACAACAUGCUGGAUGACUCCUCUGACCCCAUCUUGACCACCAUCCGCCGAAUUGGCCUUUUCAACAGUAGUGCCGAUCGCGUGAAGGUGAUUUUUCACCCCGAAUUCCUUUCUUCCACAAGCCCUUUACUCCCUGUGGACUACGAGGAAUUUGUCCGUGGCUGUCACCUGGGGGUCUUCCCCUCCUACUACGAGCCCUGGGGCUACACACCGGCGGAAUGCACCGUCAUGGGCAUCCCCAGCAUCUCCACCAACCUCUCCGGCUUUGGCUGCUUUAUGGAGGAGCACAUCGCUGAUCCCUCAGCUUACGGCAUUUAUAUUCUGGAUCGGCGGUUCCGCAGCCUGGAUGAUUCGUGCUCGCAGCUCACCUCCUUCCUGUACAGCUUCUGCCAGCAGAGCCGGCGACAGCGCAUCAUCCAGCGGAAUCGCACGGAACGAUUGUCAGACUUGUUGGAUUGGAAGUACCUAGGCCGGUACUAUAUGUCUGCGCGCCACAUGGCUCUGGCCAAGGCCUUUCCAGACCACUUCACCUAUGAGCCCCAUGAGGUAGAUGCGACCCAGGGGUACCGGUACCCACGGCCAGCCUCCGUGCCGCCGUCGCCCUCACUGUCUCGACACUCCAGCCCACACCAGAGUGAGGAUGAGGAAGAGCCGCGGGAUGGACCUCUUGGGGAAGACAGCGAGCGUUACGAUGAAGAAGAAGAGGCUGCCAAGGACCGCCGCAACAUCCGGGCACCCGAGUGGCCGCGCAGGGCCUCCUGCUCCUCCUCCACAGGGGGCAGCAAGAGAAGCAACUCAGUGGACACGGGGCCCUCCAGCUCUCUCAGCACGCCCACGGAGCCCCUGAGUCCUACCAGUUCCCUGGGUGAGGAACGCAACUAGCCCCCCACCCCCAUCCCAACCCCAUUCCCUGCCUGUCCUGUGCCCCUCUUACAGAGGGCCUAUGCAGAUGGGGGGGAGGCUGAACCCUGCUCCAGACCCGGAGUGGGACCCCUACCCAGUGUGGUCCUUAGCGCAACCUCCGUUUCAGACACUCCAGCCCUUUGGCUCCUAUCUUGGAGUUCCCGCACUCCACGCCACUGUGCCUUUCUUGGAUUGCAGAAUGCAUUCUUUGUGCACUGAUUUGGAGUCUCCAGGCUUAGACUGGGUCCCAGGGGCCAGGAAUCUACCCUUGUUCUUCAAUGCCAGAGGUUUUAGGACCCCUGGUGUAUCGGUUUCCAGGCCGUGGCUUCAUCUGAUCCUAUAGUCAUACAGAGUACGCUAUGCACCCCUGGGACCACCUCAUGUUCGAUUCUGUGUGGUUUCCCUACACUUGAAACAGCCACGUUCAGAGUUAGACACUGCAGGGAUUAGCAUAAUUGAGUAUUGGCCGUCGAGGUAGCAGUUGGCAGGUCGCUGGCCGUGUGUGCUGGAAGGCCUGAGACUUAGCUCUAGAACCUCAUUAACCUGGUGUGCUGAUACCACACUGUAAUCCCCAGCACUCAAUAGGCAGAGGUUUAAGGAUCAGGGGUUAAAGGUCAUCCUCUGCUACAUCGGGAGCUCAGGGCCAAGCUGGUCAACAUGAGACCCCUUCUCAAAAACAAAGUAAAGUUAGCAGAACGCCUGUGGUCCUCCAUUUCAACCCAUGACUGAGAUGCCAAGACAUGCUGCAAGGUUGGCUUCCCUGGAUAUGUCUUGUUCAUUUCUUCAAAGGAGCAUGCGGAGUUGGACCAGACACCUUCCUGCCUUUUUCUGGACCAGGCCUUAUUCUUUUCCUUGGUCCAGUGUCCUCUCUAGGGAAUGCAUCCAUUGAGGGCAGAAUGUCUACAAACCCCACAACUGCUCAGCCCACUGUGAAACCACUGGGUUCUGGGACCCAGUGGCCGAAUCAGGAGUCUUGUCACUGUGCUGCACCCUGGUCCCCUUUCCUGAUACAAAACCGAGCCACCGGCUUCUUGAAGCCGCACAUGUACCUCGAGGCCUUUCUGCCUGCAAGCGUCUCCUGCCCCCAGGUUCAGUGACCGGCAGGCCCCUCCUCACGUGCUGUGUCUGGCCCAGUGCCUUUGGUUUGCAUUUGGGAGGGGGCGGGCAGAAGGUGUGUGAUUGGAGUGUGUCCAGAGAUGAAAAAAAAAUACACCUGUAUUUAAGAA